AUGGUCUUGAUUCCACAGGGUGUAUCAGCCUAUCUACUGUGCUUGCUCACGUCUCGUUUCCUGUCCGGCACGGCCCUAUGCCUUUGUGGUGGUGGGAGGAAGCGAGGGAGGGAAAGGAACUGGAGGGAACGGAAAGAUAUAGCCCUGCGGGCAUUCCAAUUAUCCGCUUACAAGAAAACGCCCCAAUCCAAUGUUCUCCAAUCAGUUCGCGGCCAGCUCUUGAAGUACCCUGUAGGAAGUAGAGUCUUGAAACCCUCGAAAGUGCAGGGUACCGUAUCGCAAUGGCUCGGGGCACAGGGUUUUAGGUUUACCUGGAAAUCAGGCAUAAUCCGUAAGCAUAGGGCAACACUAUGCCCACCAGAAAGCAUAUACGAGACGGUGAUCUUGGAUCUCUCCACCCUCCAGCGCCCUGGGAACGAUCGGUAG